GGCCCAAGCAUCCACCGUCCGACCGAGCGAGCUAAACGGCCACCGCUGAAGGAACCCGCAAAGGAACCGUUGCCCUUGGAGAAGGAGUUUUGGUUGGGGUUCCGGGGUUGAGAAGGAGAGCUGUAUAGAGCGACGCGAUUGGAGCCAAGGAUGAGGUGAGAGAUCUGAUGAGUGGCCGACAGAUGGAGAACACAGCAUGGCAGACCAUCUUUCCGCCGCGCUGCCGCCCUGGACAAGGAAUCUGCAGUUGUAUGUGUCUCCAGCCAUCAAAUCCAUGCUGCUUUGCCAUCAAAUCCAUGCCCUCGGUGUCGCUUCUGCAGUCGGUGCCCGCCUGCUUGGCUGGCCUCGUGCUGCUGUUUCGCGUGCAGAUCCGGCGGAGGGGUUGGCGACGAGUUCGAGAAGGGAGGACGAUCCGUUGGGGAAGCCAUCGAAGCCUCGAAGCGUCGAGUGCACCCUCCGCGCGGCGAAGCUGCGGUAGACGUGAAGACGCUCCGCCGAAGGCAGCAGAGGAAGUGGUGCAGAAGCUCCAAGCGAUCGGUUCACGACACCUGGGCACACGACUUUCUCACGUUGAAUGCAUGGUUUUUGCGUUUGGUCGUUGAGAUGUUUUUUGUUUGUGUGUUUUUGUGUGUCCUGUUUGUUUGUUUUUGUGUUUGUUUUUUCCCCUUCGCAUGAAUAGUGGUGUUUUGUGACCCCUUCCAUGAUUGUUGCAGGGAGCGUAAUUAUAUGUUUGUUAAAAAACUG